AUGUUGGAUUCAAGUGUUACUCGCCACCCUCGGGAAACAUCUGGGAGCUGGAAGCACACUCCUUGCCGAUCGUCGAAUUCAGCUCCAAGGCGGAUCGUCCGAGCUGCUGGGAAAGAGCACGAUCCAGACACCCAGGUUUUCCGAGGGAAAGGGCAUGGACAUAGUCAAUGUUAUAUCCUGGGUCGCUUUGGAGAAGGCCGCUGGGCUAGAGUUGGUGAUGCCAAAUCUCGAUGA